GAGAAUAGGAGGAGCCCCGUGGCCGGAGCCUUGAGGUGGAGGCUAGGGCUGAGGAACUGGAAGAUGGUGGGCUCUGGGAGGAAAACUUAGACGGAGUCAGGUUUCAGCCCAGCUUGGAGGCUUGCAAUGACUCACAGAGAGGCAGCCUGAGAGAGGGAGCGGGAGCCGCCUUUGUUCCACUUGGGCUCAGAGCUGCUGGGGAGAAGCCAACCUCUGCCUCCCUUCCUCUGUCCAUACAAACAGCUGGGUCUCCUCCUCUCCCUGAAGACUGCCGGGUCCAACAUGCCCCCUAGUCAUUCCCGGCGGCCCUGGAAUUUGUGCCUGCUGCUUUUGGGUUCAUUGCUCCCUGCAGUUCUACCAGCACAGGUCAUAGAAGAAAGAGGAUCAAAGGGGCACCUGGACCUCACAGAACUCAUAGGAGUCCCCCUCCCCCCUUCUGUCUCUUUUAUCACCGGCUAUGGAGGGUUUCCAGCAUACAGUUUUGGACCAGAUGCUAACAUUGGCCGCCUGACAAGGACUCUGCUCCCGCCACAGUUCUUCAGAGAUUUUGCAGUCGCCGUCACAGUCAAACCAAACAGUGACCGUGGAGGGGUCCUUUUUGCCAUCACGGAUGCCUUUCAGAAGACCAUUUACUUGGGAGUCAGGCUGUCGCCUGUGGAUGACGGCACCCAGAGGAUAAUUAUGUAUUACACCGAACCCGGUUCUCACAUAUCCCGAGAGGCAGCUUCUUUCAAAGUCCCAGUGAUGACCAACAAAUGGAAUCGCUUUACGAUAACGGUGCAGGAAAACGACAUUGUGUUGUUUAUGGACUGUGAAGAAUAUCACAGGAUCCAGUUUCAGAGAUUCGCUCAGACUCUGUUUUUCGAGCCCAGUUCAGGGAUAUUUGUUGGGAAUGCAGGAGCCACAGGUCUAGAAAGGUUUACGGGCUCCAUUCAGCAGCUCACCAUCAAAACGGACCCAAAGGCUGCUGAGGAACAGUGCGAGGAUGAUGAUUCCUAUGGUUCUGGAGAGAGCAGCGGCCACGAUGACAUUCAGGAGCAAGAAGGCAUCCCUGAGACGCAGGAAGUCAUUUGGCCCACCCCCACAAAACUCCCACAACUGGUUGGGAAUCAAUCUGAAGAAACAACUUCUCGACCAGUGGGAGCACCACCAACCCUGUCAACUAAUUCCGAAGAGGUGGAUUUUUCAGGACAGCAUCUCUGGGAAGCAUCCGUGGCCCCCACUGAAGUCAAAGACCAAGGUGUAACCACUACGGAAACUACUCAAAAGGAGACUGAAACCACCACAGUCGCCCCAGAAGUGUUAGAAACGGAAGCCGGACCUCACAAUCGAGUUCUGCAAGGAACACCUUUAGAAAAGGGUCAAAAAGGUGAAAAGGGUCAAAAAGGAGAGGAAGGGCCACCCGGGCCUCCAGGAAGGGCUGGACCAAACGCAACCUGGCCUGAGACUCCUGGACCGCCUGGGCCUCCCGGGAAACCUGGGCUGGAUGGGAAACCUGGAAUUCCUGGAAAGGAUGGGUUAAUGGGUGAACCAGGAGCACAUGGCUCACCAGGACAGAAGGGAGACCCAGGUCCUAAAGGAGAAAAGGGAGAUGUUGCGGUUGGGUCGCCAGGACUCCCUGGGCUUCCAGGCCCCCCUGGACCACCAGCUACGUCCAGGGUAUUUAAAAGAAUAGAAAUGGAGGGUUCUGGCUCUGGCGACUUUGACAAAGACAUUGAACUUCCAAGAGGUGCUCCUGGCCCCCCAGGCCCUCCAGGUCCACCUGGUGAGCCAGGAUUGCCGGGCCCAGAUUCAGACGCAGGAGUCCCUGGGCUGCCUGGAAGAAACGGGAAAGAUGGAGACCCUGGGCAACCAGGCCCUCAAGGUCCCCCCGGUCAUCCGGGCCAGGAUGGAUUGGUCAGCUUGAAGGGGUCAAAGGGAGAGAAAGGUGACCAAGGUCUUCCAGGGGCAGCUGGACCAAAGGGAGACCCUGGCGAUGUUGGGUCACCAGGCCAGAAAGGGCAGCCCGGAGCCGAUGGGGAGCCUGGGAAACCAGGCCUUCCCGGACUUCCAGGACCACCUGGCCCAGGCUAUGGGUUUGGAUUUGAGGAUAUGGAAGGCUCGGGGAUCGUGGGCUCGUCAAGCGGACCGGCCAUCCUUGGAUCCAGUGGGCCAGUUGGUCCUGCUGGAGGGACGGGCGUGCGAGGACCAAUGGGGCCUAAGGGAGAAACUGGUGACGUCGGACUCCCGGGUCUAACUGGUAUAAAGGGAGAACAAGGCCUAGAAGGAAAGCCAGGAUUUCCUGGUGUUGCCGGGCGCCCUGGAGAUGCAGGAUCUAAAGGAGAAAAAGGUGACCCAGGACCCAAGGGUGAACCAGGAGAGCCGGGCGUGAGUGUGGUGGGGCCGCCAGGGCCCCCUGGGCCGCCAGGGCCCAUUAUAGCCAUUCCAAGGUCACUCAAUACUUCAGAUGAAAGUUUUAACAUUACUGCGCUCCAAGGACUUGGGCCUCCAGGUCCAGACGGUAAGCCCGGCCUGCCAGGAUUUCCUGGCCCGAAGGGACCAAAAGGUGACAUUGGGCUUCCUGGGCUACCAGGAGAGAAAGGAAAGCAGGGUGAAAAGGGCGAGCCGGGAGUCAUCUUUGCCUCAACAGACUCAGUUACAGAGCUAAUACGGAGACCCGGAGAGAAGGGUGAACCUGGAGAAAUGGGACCACGUGGGCCAAUGGGGCCAAUUGGACCUAUAGGACCUAAAGGAGAACUUGGUUUUCCUGGCCGGCCUGGACGCCCCGGCUUGAAUGGACUGAGAGGCAUAAAAGGUGAACGGGGUGUGACAUUAUAUGGCCACCCUGGUACGCCGGGACCACCUGGGCCUCCAGGGCCGCCGGGACGUGUGGUUUACAUUAAAGGGACAGUUUUCCCAGUUUCUCCCAGACCUCAUUGCAAAACUCCAGUAACUACUGCUCAUUCAGGAGACCAAGCGGCGACUGAUAGUUCCUGGGGUGUCCAAGGUCCACUAGGCGUAAAAGGUGAAAAAGGAGACCGUGGGCUACCAGGUCCUCCUCUGCCAUCAACAUAUUUCAGCCACUUCAAGGGUGAGAAAGGAAACAACGGAGAAAAUGGCCUGAAAGGAGAAAAAGGAGAACCCAAUGGAGAAUUUUUCAUGUCGGGACCUCCGGGGCUUCCUGGAAGACCAGGGCCUGUGGGACCAAAAGGAGACACCGUUGUUGGCCCGAGAGGCCCUCCAGGGGUACCUGGCCUACCCGGGCCUCCAGGGUUUGGGCCAGUUGGACCUCCAGGACCACCAGGACCACCUGGGCCACCGGGCCCUCCUUCAAUCUAUGGUUCAGCUGCUGUACCAGGGCCACCAGGUCCUCCCGGAGAACCAGGAUUACCAGGGGCCAGGAACUUGGUAACAACGCUUAGAAAUGUUGACACUAUGUUGCAGAAAGUUCACUUAGUGUCAGAAGGCACAUUGAUCUAUCUCAGCGAAACCAGCGAGAUCUUCCUCCGGGUUCAAGAUGGAUGGAAGAAAUUGCAGCUUGGUGACUUGAUUCCCAUCCCUGCUGACAGCCCCCCACCUCCAGCAAUUUCAAGCCCAGACUUUCAACCCCUUCCAGCACCAUUUCCAGCUUCAAGUGCUGACAGAGGAAGACCAAGCCUUCAUCUGGUGGCUUUGAACACCCCGUUUUCUGGUGACAUGCGAGCGGACUACCAGUGCUUUCAGCAAGCCCGGGCAGCUGGUUUAUUCUCAACCUACAGAGCUUUGUUGUCUUCACAUCUACAAGACCUUUUGACUGUCGUCAGGAAAGUAGACAGAUAUCAUCUGCCCAUAGUUAAUCUGAAGGGAGAGACACUGUUCAAUAACUGGGAAUCAAUAUUCUCAGGCAACGGGGGACAGUUCGACACCCGGAUCCCAAUAUACUCCUUUGAUGGUAGGAAUGUCAUGACAGAUCCCGCGUGGCCUCAGAAAGUGGUCUGGCACGGCUCAAGUCCACACGGGAUACGGCUGGUUAGCAGUUACUGUGAAGCCUGGAGGACGGCGGAUGUGGCCGUGAUGGGGCAAGCCUCCCCACUCAAGUCCGGGAAGCUCUUGGAUCAGAAAGCGUACAGUUGCAGCAACCGGUUUAUUGUCCUGUGCAUUGAAAACAGUUAUAUCUCCGAUGACCAAAGGAAAUAAGAUCCCUCCUGCCCCUGCCCUUUGCCACUGCAUGUAAAUUAAAAUUUUAUUACAAAAAAAGUUGACACUGAAAUGUAAUUUUUUUAAAAAAUGAUGUAAAUAUUGUAUUGUGAUUGCACACUGAACUAAGAAGGUAAUAACCAAAGAACGCAUACCUCGGGGCAGGAUCUCAUUCCGAGGAGGUGACAUUCAUCCUUUCCAAGCACUUCAGCCCUGGACGGAAGCUACGUGGGAGAUUAGCAGGCCUGAGCAACCACGUACAAAAAUGUCUGAAAAAUUUGGGACUGCUCCCCAUAAUGAGCCUUUCUGGGCACAGGUGCUGAAAGCUGUUAGGGGAGCGCUAGGCAUGGUGUGUGGGAUCCUGCCUGUGUUGUGUGUUGCUUCAGAGGGCCUGGGAUAGGGUGGGAAUGCUGUCGUUGCUACCACGGCCCAUAAACUGGGGCCACGUGCUAGGCCAAGGCAAGUCAGCUUCAGUGGCUCACUGGCAUCUUGUUCUGCCUAUGCAGAGUCCAAGACUGGGACUGCUUUGGGUAUGCCAGGAGGGACUUUUGCAUUUCCCCCUUUUCUGUGCCUGAUCCCCCUACUGCUGUGCAAACUGUUUCGAAAUAGUUUCACAAGCAGGCUGCCACACACCAUUGGAGACGACUGCUUCAGUCCCAGCGGACCAGACCGUUAAAUUGCCAGUGAAGUUCCUGGAGGGCUGUUGGUAGACAGGAGCAACCUGAGCCAGUACUGGUGGCGCCGCAGACUCUGCGCCCCUCAGACUCAGGCCACAGCGAUGUUGUGCCCAUCUCCGAGCAGAGUGCUGCCCCUGACAGUGCCAGCAGCACAGGGGCUGCUUGGCUCAGCGAGCUCCAGGAUUGUUUUAACGCCCCAAUCUGCCCCUGUACUCAAGGGGCAAAAGUCGAGCUCUUCUCAGGUAUGUAGUCUUGGCUGCGUCUCUGUUCAGAAACUGGGUUAUCUAAGCAGUUCAAAAUUUGGAAAUUGGGAACCGACAAAACAGUUCCCUGGAAGUUUUUCUUUCCAUUUUGUUCUUCUGGGAUUCAGGUAUCCCAAUCAACCCCCAAAAUCUAUGUACAGGGCUGUGUGUGGAAGGUGAAUAUCACCUGCAUGGAAACGGAGUCUGAUGCAUAUUUGGUGCUACUGUGGUCUGGAAAAUCCCGAACAGUAUUAAGAGGAAACUCAAAUCAUGGCUGGUAUCCACAGAGCUGCACAGAGCACUUCCACUCACGCAGCUGACCUUCUGAAGUUACUUCCUUCUAAUAUUUGCUUCCUUUGCAAAGUACAUAAAGACUCUCCCAAAGCGUAGGGGAAUUUCCAGAAUGACAACACAACACAAGGAGCUGCAGGCUGAAUGGAGGAAACUAGAGGCUUGGUGCACUCUUUGGAUUUCAACCAACAUCUUAUUCUUCCAAAACUGGCCUCAGCUAACACACUGACAAGCACAGUGUAACGUGUUUACAUGUCCCAUUGCAGCAGAGAAAAAGCAGCUUUCAAGUUGCAAUGCGAACUGUAGAAAGACAGAUGGCAGUAAUUGGAGUGUUAUCCCAUGUAAAUGAUAUGCAAAUAUCCUGCUUUUCCUGUCCCCCGCCUCUCACCCUUUCCCUUCUUCAGGACCCUUGUUCACACAAUGUAACUGUCAGUAGGAUCUAAUGUGUAGUUAAUAGAAACUGUCGAUGAAUGACGUGGUGUCCCACCCAAAAAACAGUAUUAUCAUAGUGCUGUAGAUGUAUGUCUUCUCUGUAUUGUCUCACAGUGUAUUUGAACAAGCUAUACACUUAUAACUGUCAUAACUUAACAAAGGUAUCAUUGUAGAGAUGUUCAAACUGUUCAAACUAUAAGCUAAUAGCUCUACCCUUAAAUGAGGUCUACAACUCAUUGGCCAUCAAAUCAGUAAGUUAAUCACUAUUUUUAACUCAAAGGACAUUUGCUUCCAGAGGCCUGGUGAUUUGUAACCAUUGUUGUUUUUAUAUGAUGUAAAAAUGUGAAAUCCAGUUUUCUAUUUUUUCAUUUUAAUUAAUAUAAAAGCAUCUCUCCCACUGUC